UUUGUUCUGCAGGCCGGGCCGAGACACAAUAAAUACAGGUGCCAGUCCCAGGACACCAUCAGUCCCACAGUUCACCGAAGACGGGAUCCUCUGAGACCAUGCUCCACUUCGGCCUCAGCGCCACACUGUUGCUGGCGACAACGUGUUUGCUCCAGACAACAGUUUCCACAGAGAGAGCUGUCACCUGCGACAACGGCAGCAAUGUCCAACGCCUGGGCUGUGAUCCCGGAGUGAUCCGUGUGCAUGCAGCGCUGUACGGACGUACUGAUAGCAAGAUAUGCAGCGAAGGCAGACCACAGGCCCAGCUCGCCAACACAAAGUGCUCUCAAAACAACACCGUGAAUGUCAUCAGGAACAGGUGCGAUGGCAAGCGGGCGUGCGAGAUAAACACCAACAUCGUCCGUUCCUCUGAUCCCUGUCAAGGAAUCUUCAAAUAUCUGGAGACCAACUACACUUGUACUCCAGCAAUUCACUUCUUCACGUGUGAGGGGUCUCUGGCACAUUUGUUCUGUGAUGAAGGGCAGGUCAUAUUUGUGUACGGAGCCCACUACGGACGCCGUGACCGAACGACCUGCUCCUAUAAGCGGCCUGAGUCUCAGAUUAUAAAUGUCGACUGCCCCCACCCCACCAGCAAAGUGGCUCAGAGCUGUAAUGGGAAAAACAGCUGCACCAUCAGAGCAAGCAACUCGGUGUUUGGAGACCCCUGUGCUGGCACCUACAAGUACCUGGAGGUGGCAUACGUGUGUGAAUAUCCUGUUGGGAAUUCACUGCCCCUUGUGUAGACAUGCUUAAGUCUGAUCACAAUAAACAUGCAUUGAAUGAAA